AAGUUAAUAGUAGUGGACGGACGUGAAGGGGGGCUGGUUGUGUAUGUAUGUAUGUAUGUAUGGGUGUUAUGAUGGAGGAGGGGUCUCUGUGGCUCCGUGGCAGAGCAGAGCUUUUGAAGAUCAGUCAUCACACUUCAUCGGUCACUAGAUGCUCGGAUGUGUUGAGCGGAGCUGAAAUCUGCGCGCAACUGGAUGAGAAAAAAAGAGAGAAAAAAGAAGUGGGGUCCGGAUUGGAGCUUUAAAAUAACCGGAAUAUUACAUGCUGGUGUGUUUUCUCUUUAAAUGGAUUACCAAAGGAAUAUGAUGUUCAGUCGGAUUGCCACAUUCAUGAGUGAAUUCGGACACAGAAGGUAACAUCUCCACCAGAGUGAAACAGGAAGUGUCGUCUGUGAGCAGCCAUGGGCCAGAGAGCUGCGCUUCUGCUCAGUGAGCUGCUGCUGCUGCUGCUGACAGCCUCACGCACUCUCCUCGCAGUCAUUCCAGAGGACACCGUGCCCAUAGAUGUCGUUGACGCACACUUUUCACGGAGGUACCCAGUGUUCAGAGGCAGGCCCUCUGGCAACGAGUCACAGCACCGCCUUGACUUUCAGCUGAUGACCAAGAUACAGGACACUCUGUUCAUCGCUGGCAGAGAUCAGGUGUACCUGGUCAGUCUGAGAGAAUCCUACAGGAAUGAGAUCAUUCCUUACAGGAAGCUAACAUGGCGAUCGGGCCAAGCUGACAGAGACAUGUGUGCCGUCAAGGGAAAACGCCGAGACGAGUGCCACAACUUCAUCAAAGUGCUGGUUCCCAGAAACGACGACCUGGUGUUCAUCUGCGGUACCAACGGCUUCAACCCCAUGUGCAGAUACUACAGGCUGGAUAACCUCGAGUUUGAUGGGGAGGAGAUCAAUGGACUGGCACGAUGCCCAUUUGACUCCAAGCAAACCAACGUUGCCCUUUUUGCUGAAGGGAAGCUGUAUUCGGCUACUGUAGCUGACUUCCAGGCCAGUGAUGCUGUCAUCUAUCGCAGUAUGGGUGAUGGAUCAGCCCUGAGGACCAUCAAAUAUGACUCCAAAUGGCUGAAAGAACCUCAUUUCCUGCACGCAGCAGAGUAUGGGAAUUAUGUGUACUUUUUCUACCGGGAGAUUGCAGUGGAGCACAGCAAUCUGGGCAAGGUUGUGUAUUCUCGUGUGGCCCGGAUCUGUAAGAAUGACGUCGGCGGGUCACAGCGGGUGCUGGAGAAGCACUGGACAUCUUUUGUGAAGGCGAGGCUGAACUGCUCGGUGCCAGGGGAGUCCUUCUUCUACUUCGACGUGCUUCAGUCCAUCACUGACAUCAUCAACAUCAACGGGGUCCCCUCGGUGGUGGGAGUGUUCACCACACAGAUGAACAGUAUCCCAGGGUCAGCGGUGUGUGCCUUCUCCAUGGCCGACAUAGAGAAAGUAUUCUGGGGUCGGUUCAAAGAGCAGAAGACUCCUGACUCUGUGUGGACUCCUUUUCCAGAGGAGAAGCUGCCCAAACCACGACCUGGGUGCUGUGCAGGUCAUGGUCCAGCUGCGUCCUUGAAGAGCUCCAUCGAGUUCCCGGACGAUACCCUGCAGUUCAUCAAGUCCCACCCACUCAUGGACACAGCUGUGCCUUCUAUUGGUGAUGAGCCCUGGUUCACCAAGACUCGCGUCAGGUACCGACUGACAUCGCUGGCUGUGGACAACGAAGCAGGACCUCACAAGAACUACACAGUGGUGUUCAUCGGGGCUGAGUCAGGAGUUGUCCUCAAGGUUUUGGCCAAGACCUCCUCUGUGUCUCUGAAUGACAGCCUGCUUCUAGAGGAGAUAGAUGUCUUCAACAGAGCCAAGUGCCUGUCUAACCACGAGGAUGACAAGCGUGUCCUCUCGCUGCACGUGGACAAAGACGCGCACAGCCUGUAUGUCGCCUUUUCAAGCUGCGUCAUCCGUAUUCCCCUGAGUCGCUGUGAAAGGCAUUCUUCCUGCCACAAGUCCUGCAUUGCAUCAAGGGAUCCCUACUGUGGCUGGACGCCUCAUGGGGCCUGUGAGAGGAUAGAGCCUGGUGUUUUGACUGGAUAUGAGCAGGAUGUUGAAUCUGGAAACACCGCCCACCUGGGAGACUGUCAUGCGUUUUUGGGCACUACAUCAGCGCCAGAUUACAAAUCAUUUGGCGACCCUACCUCUGACAUGGAGUUUUCAUCAUCGCCAGUCACUGUCCACCCCAGUGGGCCCAUACACCCCCCAGUACUCAUACCCACUCAGAGCCCCAGCUCUGGGCCUGGUCCAGAGCUCUACGGCUCAGGCUUUGUGCUGCAGGAUGACCCAGCCACCUCCCAUUCUUUAGACACUAUCCCAGGGGGCCAAGAGGGUGUGUGGGAUAUCCAAGCAGGUGAGACCAACCAGAUGGUCCACAUGAACAUCCUCAUCACCUGUGUGUUUGCCGCUUUUCUCAUGGGCGCUCUCCUGGCUGGUUUGAUUGUUUUCUGCUACCGAGACUCAUUCCUCCGUAAGCCGAGACAUGUCCAUAAGGAUGCAGAGUCUGCACCGUCCUGCUCCGACUCCACUGGAAGCUUUGUCAAGCUCAACGGCCUCUUUGACAGCCCUGUAAAGGAGUACCAGACCGACGUUGAUUCUCCCAAACUGUACACCAAUCUGCUGAGCAACGGCAAAGACCUGAAUUCACCCAACGGAGACACCAAGACCAUGAUCCUGCGGGACAACUGUCAGCCCCCUGAGCUGGCUGCCCUACCCACACCGGAGUCCACCCCUGUGCUUCAGCAGAAGAGCCUGCAGCCCAUCAAGAACCAGUGGGAAAGGGCUCACGGAAAGGCCAGUGGGCCUCGUAAGGAGUCCAACUCAUCAGCCAAGAGUCCUCAGUUCCUUCUUUCUUCUCCUGCUCCUCCUAGCGCCAACCACCCUCACCUUGCCUUGGGGCACUCCCACAUCCCUAGUGCGGUUGUCCUGCCCAAUGCCACACAUGACCACUCCAGCUUUGACAAUGGAGAUGAUACACUGCCACAUUCGUCUGAAAGGAAGCAGAGGAACCCUGACUCUAAAGGAAGUAGGAAAGAGCAGAAAAGGUCUGUGGAUGCCAGAAAUACCCUAAAUGACCUUUUAAAACACCUAAAUGACUCAGUGGCCAACCCCAAGGCCAUUCUUCAAGAGGGAUCAGGGCCUCGCCCAAGGCAACAUCUCACACUGGAGCCCAUGGAGGAAUUGACUGAAUUACCGCCCAAGGUGCCCAGCCGUGAGGCUUCCCUGUACUCUCCCUCCUCCUCCCUGCCGAGGCACAGCCCCACCAAGAGGGUUGAUGUGCCCAUGCCCAGCACUCCCACGACACCAACGGGAAGCCUGAGCAUGGGGGGCACCCUGGAGAGGCAAAGAGGAGGGUAUCAACUCCACCGGAGUGCCUCUCACAGGCACUCCUUAUCCACCUCGCCAAAUGGGGUAACCAUGGGGGUGUCUGUGUCUCGCCAACACAGUAUGAACAGAGGGGGAUACAUGCCCCCAAUACCCCCCUCCAGACUUGACUCCCAAGGUGGAGUGAUGGGGGCAGGUAUGCACUCAUCCCACUCAUCCCACUCAUCCUCUGCAUCCCGACAGAGCAGCUACAGUGGGUAUGGCUCACUCCCUCGCACAGGGCUUAAACGGACCCCAUCGCUAAAGCCAGAUGUGCCCCCUAAACCCAAUGGGUUUUCACCACAGACUCCACAGAUGCGAGUGGUCAAUAAGUACAGUUAUUAAAAGAGCAUGGACACUUCUGAGUGAGCUCUUGGCCUUGACUGUAGAGCUUUGAGCCCUGAGGGCUUGGGGGGCGGCUACGGAUGGGGUGGGGCCUAGUGUGUGUUUGUGUAUCGAUUUGAGGUGUGUUCCCCCUUUAAAUGAUAUGCACAUUCACUCACACUAAAAAGGGAAAAUCACACGUGGCCAAAGAUACUCCUUGGGGCUUUUUCGCUCCCUACAUCUCCAUCUCCCUCCCUUGUCACGGUAGCCACAGGAUAGGAAGAGUGGAACAGUGGUGAAUCUGCUGCUCCCCGUUAUAUCUGGGCUUGGGUGUCACCCGUUCCCAUAUUAGGUACGAGGUUUAGGACGCCAGCCGGGGCCGCUACGGCCUUUUGGCGUGUGGUGCCAGGUUUAAAAACCGUGGAAUACUUGAAGAAUGGGUCUCAUUUGUCACUGCCCUUGAGCACUGUCUUCCCACUAAUGUGAACUGAACAAAGAGGAGAGGUAGGCCACGCCUUUGUUUGUAAGAUGGCUGGGGGCAGCAGAGAGGAAACUCAAACAUCAUAAGUGUGCGUGUUGCUUAAGAUGUAUAUGACCGCGAGCAGCUGAAUCAAGCAGCAAGCAAACAGAGGAAAAGAGUGCAAAUGAAUGUGUGCGUGAGUGUGUGUGUGUGUGUGUGUUGGUUGAUUGGAGAAGCAGAUAUUAGGCCUUCACACUUGUUCAUCAAGAGUGGCCACUUGCCAGAGGAUGCACCUUAAGACCUGUCUUAAGACCUAAAUCACUGUCUCUCAUUUCAAUAAUAUUAUCUCUUCUUUGGUCUUGUUUGAACCCAUCUGAACCAAGUCUUAACCAUAAAUUUGUGUCAUUCUUUUUGGUAAUUACGUUAGGAUGAGGUGAAGUUGGUCAUGCUGGGUGUAUACUGGGACAGGAACUCUGUAACUCACUGGGAAAUUUUACAUAGUAUUUGCUGCUAUUGGUUUUAUACACAGACGUUUGUCUUUGGUGCAUUGUUUUCUCUACCAAACCGAGAUAGCCCUUGAUAUGUGUGUGCAUAUCUGCUUGUGAGUGUGUGUGUGUGUGUGUGUGUGUGUGUGUUAUAUCGCAGACAGAGGCCAAGAAGUUUUCAGCAACCAAACGCACUGUUAAAACUGAUACAUGGGGG